CAAGCGCUCUCCCGGCAGGUGCAGCCAAUAAGCCGCACAGCAGUUGGGGGCAGGGGCUAUAAAUGCGCCCCUCCCGGCCCAGUUGGCUGUUGCAAAUACGAGACCGAAGCAGUGCCAUUGUCUAGUGGGGGAAAAAGUCACUGCAUGCAAGUCCAAUUUGGAUUUAAGUUUUAAUUACCCAACCCUGACCAGGAUCCUGUGCCAUGGCCUUCCCACUGAAAGAUGAUUUAGGGAGAGCCAAGGAUUGCUGGGGCUGCCCAUCUGAAACCCCAGCCCUUUCUACCUGCAGCAAUGCCGAUAUAUUCAGACGAAUAAACGCAAUGCUAGACAACUCUCUGGAUUUCACUGGUGUGUGCACCACCCCAAACACCAAGGGCAAAUGUGAACACCUUCAAGACUACCCAGACUCUGAGGGAGCUGCAGCUAGCAGAAUGCUGUUUUCCACUUCACAUGAACCUCUUCCUCGCGGCCUUCCAGAUACCAAUGACUUGUGCCUUGGCCUUCAGUCUCUCAGUCUUACAGGGUGGGACAGACCUUGGAGCACUCAGGACUCAGAAGCUGCCGGACAGACAAGUACUCCAACAGCUGCUCAGUCUGUCUUUAGUAUGCUGAACAGCCCCAUGGGGAAGCCAAGCCCCCUGGGCUUUCUGCCAUUGGAUCCAAUUGGUUCGGACCUAGUGGAGAAGUAUCCCACUCCUUUGCUUCGUGGCUCUCGAUUGGACAGUCGCUCCAUUUUGGAUUCUCGCUCCAGCAGCCCUUCAGACUCUGACACUAGUGGAUUCAGCUCUGGAUCAGACCACCUUUCAGACCUAAUUUCAAGUCUUCGUAUCUCUCCUCCACUGCCAUUCCUCCCACUGGGAGGUGGAGUGUCAAGGGACCCUUUAAAACUUGGGGUUGGCUCAAGGCUAGACCAGGACCAUGCAGCCUUAGCAGCAGCAACUGCCUCUCCACUUGGGAUAUCAAAGAGAUGGCCUGGCACUUCAGUCUGGCCUUCUUGGGAUCUUCUGGAUUCUGCAGAGGACCCAUUUAGCAUUGAGAGGGAGGCACGCCUACACAGACAGGCUGCAGCUGUGAAUGAAGCAACCUGCACCUGGAGUGGGCAGCUACCCCCUAGAAACUACAAAAAUCCUGUGUAUUCCUGCAAAGUCUUUCUUGGUGGUGUCCCCUGGGACAUAACAGAAACUGGACUUAUCAACACGUUCCGUGUAUUUGGAGCACUUAGUGUUGAGUGGCCUGGUAAGGAUGGCAAGCAUCCCCGCUGCCCUCCCAAAGGUUAUGUCUAUCUGGUAUUUGAAUCGGAGAAGUCUGUUCGUGCUUUGCUUCAAGCGUGCACCCAGGACCUACUAAGCCAAGAUGGGCUUAGUGAACACUACUUCAAAAUGUCCAGUCGCAGGAUGCGCUGCAAGGAGGUGCAAGUUAUUCCUUGGGUGCUUGCAGACAGCAACUUUGUGCGUAGCCCGUCACAGCGGCUGGAUCCCAGUAAGACUGUAUUUGUGGGGGCUCUACAUGGCAUGCUAAAUGCUGAAGCACUGGCCUCUAUUAUGAAUGAUCUAUUUGGUGGAGUAGUCUAUGCUGGCAUCGAUACUGAUAAGCACAAGUAUCCAAUUGGGUCAGGUCGGGUGACCUUCAAUAACCAGCGCAGUUAUCUUAAAGCUGUCAGUGCUGCAUUUGUCGAAAUCAAAACUGCCAAGUUUACAAAAAAGGUUCAAAUUGACCCAUAUUUGGAAGACUCUGUUUGCCAGGUGUGCAAUGCUCAGCCUGGGCCAUUCUUCUGCAGAGACCAGGUUUGCUUUAAGUAUUUCUGCCGCUCUUGCUGGCAUUGGCAGCACUCUAUGGAAAUCCUGCGCCACCACCGCCCUCUUAUGCGCAAUCAGAAGAGUCGUGACUCAAGCUAAAGACGUCGGCCCUUGGAGCAACAUUGACCUGAAGAUCUGACAUAGCUGGAUAUGUUGAGCUAAAAUGAGUGUUCAGAAUUUCCUCCCUCCAGCACUGGAAGCACUUGUGUUUUUUUGUUUUUUUUCCAGAGAUAGAUCAGAAAUCAGUGGAUUGUGAGGGGUAAUGUCACUUUUUUGCACUUGCUGUACCUUGUGGUAGUUUUCUCACUAGUGCACACUGAAAUUUGCCAGGUUUUUUUUUUUUCUUUCUUUUAAAAAAAGAGGGGAUAUUUCUUCUCAGGACUUGCAGUUCCCAGACUGGGCCUACAUAACCGUUGCUGAAAGUAAGCAAUGUUCAGGGCCUCGUUUUCUUAAGGUUUAUGGCUAGUGAUGCCUCUGCUUUUGGUUAACUUUUUUUUUUUUAUUACAAGCGCUUCUUUUACAUUCCUUGCAAUACUGCUGGUGAUGAUGCAAAUUACAUUAAUCCUCCCAUGUUUUGCUGUUGCCAUACAGUGCCUUCCAAUUUAUUUGAUGUCCCAUCUGAACUACAUAAACUAGUUGUUCAGCUGACAUUUUUACUGUAACAACAAUAGCAGAAUUUGCUCUUUAAACAAAUCAUAUUUCAUAUUUUUACCCCAGUGGGAUUUUUACCAGUUCCUUUUUACACUCUUAAAGACGUUUUUUAAGUCCAUUAUAUUUUUUUUUUUUUUUCUUUUCCUGGCAGCUUUUAACAUUACUGCAAUUUUUUUUUUCUGUUUCUGGGAGCUGCUGGUUAAGAAAAUAAAUCUACAUAAAAUCUUUGUACAACAGAGUUUAUAACCAAAAGGACAGACUUAAAGCCUUGACUGAAGCAGAUAAUGAGAGAGUGUGUAUAUAGUUUUAAGGAAGUUUGUUGCACUUUUUUUAAUUUGCACUUAAGGGGAUGGUAGUUUUUAAUCACUUUCUGUUUGUAUUUGGCUGGACAAAAAGGGCUGUGAUAUGUCUUGAGAAUGGGGUAGAGGCAAGAGAUGGCGUGACACCUUUCUCCUGGAGGGAAUAAGUGCCCAUGCUCUGUUUUACUGUCGGUUUUUUGAAAAUAACUGACUUAUGCAAACUGUUGCAGGCCUUUAAGAUUGUGUCCUUAAUUUUUAUUUCUACCCCCCCCUUAAAAUUGUAAGCUCUGUGCCAAAGACUCCAUUUUUCUGUAUAUCCCCCCUUAUCCAGUACAUGCUGAGCUAAAUCUACUUCCUAGCUGCCCUAAGCAGGGUAUAUCUGUGAAGCUGUGUGUAAAGUCUCUACCUCAUUGUAGUUAUGCAAGCAGAAGAUGCACUUAAUCUACGGAUGUGGUGUAGUUUUGUUUGUUUGUUUUUUUGUUUGUUUUUGGCACAAAAUAAACACGUUGAAGCAGUA